AUGGCGGCUCUGCUCGUGGCUGUGGUCUUGUGUCGGGUGGCAGCAGCCCAAGACUGGGCUGCAAUCUAUGAGAGUCACGCGUCUCCGGAUCCCCGUCGACUGAACAAUUUGCCCGAUGGUUUUGAAAUCAAUGAGACCCUGAACGGCAGCAUUCCCCUGACCAUCGUGCCAUCCUGGGACAUUUUCCUGGGCUUCAGCGAUAAGAAGAAAUACAUCAAGGGCCGCAUGAGCAUCGCCACGAUCUACCCUGAGGAGGCCGCCGUGUUUGUGACAAAUCCGGAGAACAUGGUCGAUGUGCUGAACUUCGGCAGCGGUAGUGGUGACAUCAAUGUCAUGAGCUCCUUGAAGAUCUGGGAUCCCAAGAGCGGCAAGACGGCCACCACUGUGAGCAAGACCUAUGUGGGCGAGUUCAGUCAGUCGAACUUUCCAUACAACUUGUCAUGCUAUCCCUUUGACGUCAAGACGGUGCGCUUCCAGAUUGGUCUUCAGAAACCUUGUGGCAUCUUCUACCGUUUGAACCUGGGCUGCGCAGGCGAAGGUGCGCGCCAGGUGCGAACCUGGGAGGAUGGCACUGUGCGCACUUGCGCGUGGCCGGUGAAUAGUUCCUACGUGGGCUUCGACUGGGAGGAAUUCAGGUGCGAGUUGCACAACAACGCCACCCUGGAUUGCGAAAUGACGGGGACCCGUAAGUGGUCCACCCUCUUGCAGACUUACUUGUGGCCCUCCAUUGUCUAUGGAUUGAUGGGCUUCCAGGCCUUCGCGUUGGGCGUGAAACUCGCCAUGCCACGCGUGGCGACCACGAUGCUGGCGCUGCUGUCCUUGACGAGUCUCAGGAAUCAGGUCAUUGCUUUGCUCCCCGGCUCGGGCUCCACCAGCUGGAUGGAGGAGUACUUCUUGAUUGCCAUCUCCUUCAUGUUUCUGAACCUGGUCGGCCAUGCAGCUUCCUUCCAUCUUGAUGCCAUUGGUCGACAUCACACGCAGAAGAUGGUCAACAAGUUCAAUCUCUGGGCCAUGUUAUGCUUCUUCAUCCUGGUGGUAACGGCCCGGCUGCACGUGCGUAACUGCCCAGUGAUUGAGCCCGCAGUCACCUUGACCAUGACCUUGCUGAUGAUUUUAGUGACACUGUCCGUCCUGAUCUUCCUGGUGUGGUACCACCGCUCCGCCUUUCGCGAGGCCGGGCGCCAGUUGACCCACCAGAUGGAGGAAGUGUUGCAGAAGGGCCCCAGCGGACACCAACCACACCCGGACAACGUCUGA